UUCUGACGAUAGCGACACGCCCCCAUCCGCGCGGCUUAGCUCCGGGUUAUUGCAGGAUACGGGCGGCGCAGCCGUGUACAGCCCAGGAUCCCGGCACCGCAGGACGGCUCCGUGCAGACCCGGUGUAUGUGCGGCAAUAACAUGUCCGCACCUCUGCCUGCCAUAGUGCCCGCCGCCCGCAAGGCCACGGCCGCGGUAAUAUUCCUGCACGGGCUUGGAGAUACCGGGCAUGGCUGGGCCGAAGCUAUGGCAAGCAUCAGAAGUCCCCAUGUGAAGUAUAUCUGUCCUCAUGCGCCCAUCAUGCCAGUUUCACUGAAUAUGAACAUGGCAAUGCCAUCCUGGUUUGACAUCAUAGGUUUGUCUCCCGAUGCACAGGAAGAUGAUGCUGGCAUCAAGCAGGCAGCAGAGAAUAUUAAAGCACUGAUAGACCAAGAAGUAAAAAACGGGAUCCCCUCAAACAGAAUCCUCUUGGGAGGAUUCUCUCAGGGAGGAGCCCUGUCACUGUACACUGCGCUAACAUCAAACCAGAAGCUAGCGGGGAUUAUUGCUCUAAGUUGUUGGCUGCCGCUCCGAACCUCCUUUCCUCAGGCUGCUGCUAAUAGUGCCAACAAAGAAGUUUCUGUUCUCCAGUGCCAUGGGGAAAGUGACCCGCUAGUUCCUCUUAUGUUUGGUUCCAUGACUUCAGAGAAGCUGAAAACUGUAAUAAAUCCAGCAAAUAUCAAAUUCAAAACCUACCCAGGGUUGGCACACAGCUCUUGCAACCAGGAAAUGACAGACAUCAAGCAUUUUAUCGAGAAGCAGCUACCUCCCUCUUAACUGAGAAAGAUGCCUUCUGGGAUAAAGCACCAGCAGCAGUCACUAUGCUCCUUUUUAAUUUGAAAAGUAAAAAAAAAUUAGAAUUUUUUUCCCAAGCUGCACAGUCCCAAGGGGGUCAGGGAAAUCAACUGAAUUAUUAAGGGGCUGGUUGGUUGGCUUUUGGUUAAAGAAAAACAAACACAAAACCGGAUAUUUAAGUGCAUAGAAUAUUCCAUGUAGUAGACAGAUUGCUAUAUUAUUUAUAGCAGUGUAAGGGCUAUACACUGUACCUAGUGUAACCAGUGUUCUGUUCACCACCUGCAUCCAGGAUGCCACUAAUCGAUAUUUCCAUUUCAUUCUGUUGAUUUUAAUACUACAGAGUUUUUUUUAUUUUAUUUAGUUUUUUUUUUUUUUGGGUUUUAACCUUUGUUGUAACUUUCUAGAAUAAAGUCCUAUGUAGCUGAUCA